ACCGGUGGUAAGUUUUUUUGAACACAACAUGAUUUCGUGGAAGCAGAAAGAAUAAGCCGAUUUUUGUUAAAAACCUGUGUCAGAGCAUGUCUGUAUCUAUGAAGAAGAAGUGAAAUAGUUCAGUGUAGAUGGCGCCAUGACCGAGCAAAGGCUGCUCUUUAUAGAUAUUGAACACAAUAGCCCUGCUCCUGUUGAAAGCAGACCAGGACAGCCCCUCUGGAUGUGCACUGACAACACCUUUAAAUUUAACUUCCCCACUGACAGCUAUACAGCACCCCAAGAGGCAACAUCACUGUCAUCUAACACUGAACCAACAGUCAGCCACAUCUCUUUGACAGGACAGGGCUCUGCUUUUGCCUUCAACUUUCAAAUCCCUCUUGAUACACCUGAAGAAAGCAUGGAGACGACAGAGACCCCAGAUACAUCAUCACAGGGCAACCAACAGGAGAAAACUCCAUCACUGCAGGAGGUUAACUCUGAACCAUCAGGACAGUUAAAAGCAAAGAAGAAGAAGAAGAAGCCUGGGAAGAAAACACCUUCUGAAGGAACUGAGACGCAGCAGAAACCAGAUUCAGCAGAGGAAGGUCAAGAGGGCAAGGAUGCAGAGUUGAGUGCAGAGGAGCAGCUGAACAGGCAGCUGGACUGGUGCAUUGAGCAGCUGGAGUCAGGAGUGAAGUCUCAGAAGGGAACACCCAAACAGAAGGAGGAAGCCUCUCGUGCCCUCAAGACUCUGCGGAGCUCCAAAGCUCCUCUGGCCAAGAAAAGGCAGGUGAUGAGAGCCAUGAGUGGAGAUUACAGGAAGAAAAUGGAGGACGAAAAAAGCAAGCAGCACAAACUCAUACAGAGCGAAAUUGCAUCAGCGCAGGUCAAAGUUGUGGCAGAUUCUCCAAAGAAGAGUGUUUUCCAUCGAAGGGCAGAAGUCAAAGCAAAGGAUACAGACGUGAAAAGGCAGAGUGAAGAGCCAACAUCAUCAGCCUUUGUCUUUACUCCAUCAAAGGAGGAGUUUCACUUCAAUUUCCUCUGAUUGUACCCUCAAGAAAUGUUUCACCUGACAAUAUGAUGGACAUUAUUUGGGAUGUUCAGAAAAUUGCUCCCACAGAAAAUAAGGGACUGCAUUGAAGAAAAACAGUCACAAUGCUGGAAGUCAAAAUAUUGUGUUUGUUGACUACUUGUUCUUUAUUCUUGAAUAAAACAGUUUUCUGUUUGUUUAAU